GUUUCAUUUGAUGUGUAACAUCAAUAUAUUUGCUCAUGAUUAUUUUGUAUGUUUUACACAGUUUAACCAUAAUGUGUCAUAAUGUGUCAAUAUUCCCCUAUAUGGGGAUCUCGGUGUUAGCAAUGUUAAAAAUAUGUUUUGUUAAAUGACACUUAUGAAGACACUACAGGUGAAUUGGGUCAAAAUGUAACUAAUACAUAUCACGUCCGCAGUUGAUUACUUGCUAUAGUUCUCUCUUGUAUUACAAGAGUUCUGAAAUGUUCUGUUAAAUAUGUAAAUGAGGCCUUAUGUAAUGAUGACAUUUGGUGAAACACAAACAGACAAAGUGUAGCAACUGUACUUUAAAAAGGUAAUUUGAAGGCAUCAUCUUGGGCUCUGGAAAUUGUUCACUAUUUUCUGACAUUUUAUAGCUCAAUUGCCAAAGUAAUCUAUGAACCAAUUAAUUAUAUGAGCCCCACAUUUUCCUUCCUUGUUAUUUCUGUCCGUUCUCCACAGACCUGUAGGAUGGCCCCGGCAGACAGCAAGGUGCUGGUUCUGGGAGCGUUGGCUGGAGUGGCUGGCAUUGGUUUGGCUGCAGUGUUUUACCAGGGCUUUAGGUCGAGGCAAAGAGGCUCGUGGCCACGGUGCUACCUCAACAGCACUAAUGCCCAGGGCACCGGCGUCAUGUUGGUGGACGGCCCAGGUCUGCCCAGGGGUCAGGCUGAGGUGCUGGAGCGCCUUGAAGCCUUGAUCCAGUGUGUGUCCGAGCUGAAGGAUGAGAUGAAGUCGUUGAAAAAUGCUCUGCCAACGCUGCAGGACCAAGUCAGGGUUGAGCUGAGGGGACGUGAUGAGGCGCGCCCUUACUACAGGACCACGCCAACGCGAAGGAAAAGGGCUGCAGGCAUCAUUGCUGGGGCCAGAGCUGGGGGGCGGAGCUCUGAGGAAGCCGAGAGUGAGGGAGGGUACAUGACCGCCCUGACGGACUCUGAGGAAGAAGAGCCAAGCGAUGAGGAACAGGUGGACGAAGAACAACCUGCAGACAAGUUAUGUGUCCUCCUUGAGAGUAUCGACAGCUUGCGUCAGGGCCCCGAAUCGGACAAAAGGGAAAGUCUCGACCUCCUCCUGGAGCAGAGAGAGGAGUUUGGACAGAAGUCACCAUUUCUUUGGCGGCUAAUCCGGGCUUACUGUGAUCUUCACGACAUCAGCUCCACUCUAGAGGAGAAGAAGACCCAUGCGGAAACUGGGAAGAAGAUUGGCGCGGAGGCCGUGAGCCUGAACCCUACGUGUGCUGAAAGCCAUCUGUGGUAUGCCAUCAUGUGCGGACUUAUGGCCGAAUACGACACGGUGCAGAACAAGAUAAAGUACGGAUACAUAUUUAAGGAUCAUCUGGAUAAAGCCAUCGAGCUGAAGCCGCAAAACCCCAUGUCCUACUACCUGAUGGGCCGCUGGUGCUACGCCGUGGCUCAGUUGUCGUGGAUUGAGAGGAAAGUCGCUGCAACGUUGUUUGGAGAGCCUCCGAGUGCAAAAGUUGAAGAUGCACUGAAGAAUUUCUUACAGGUUGAGGAGAUCCAGCCAGGAUAUUCUAAACACAAUUACGUGUUUCUAGCUAAGUGUUACAAAGACCUGGGGCGGAGGGCUGAGGCCAGGGAGAUGUGUAGAACUGCUUCUUCAAUGAACACUGUGACCAAAGAGGAUGAAGACGCACAAAAGGAGCUGGACUUACUUCGCCCAGCACUUGGAGUAUGAUGACAGUCUGCACAUAGCACAUUCUUUUAGAAGUACAGCGCUGUGCUACAGGGCUGUGUGUAUGUGUGUGUGUGUGUGUGUGUGUGUGUGUGUGUGUGUGUGUGUGUGUGUGUGUGUGUUCAUUCAUUCUGUGAGUAGGGGAGGUGCAUUAUGACACUACAUCAUCAAUCAGAACCGACCUUGAUAGUUUACUUUUUUUCAUUUUUUUCAAUAGUGGAAAACAAAUUAUUCCCACCUGGUUGUCCCAAAUCGGUGAGACGAUUCGUUUUCACUCUCUCUACUAAUGAAGUCUGUGAGGUGGAUUUGUGUUGAUUUUACUCGUUACAGAAAUUGGAUUAAUAAUGACUAAUCAUUCGAUUCAGUGUAAUUGUUUGUGUAUGUUUUUGUAUUCCCAGUCGAUCUUUGUGAUCUAUUGCUCUGAUUAGCGAAAGUCCCUCCGGUGGGUCUCAAGGAUACAAAAUGUCCUUGACAACAAAAAACGGUCGCUUGUUUUUUGUGAAUUGACCCACAGGACCUGUUCCAUCCUGUUGUUUUUGUUGCGUCUCCCAUCACACAUGCGAGUGCCAAACACAAAAGCACACCAGACACUGUUUAACCAUGCAGGUAAACGCAUUCACUGGUGAUCGUGUUCCUCGUGGUGUCUUUUCUUUUGUUGUCUUUGGUGUCUGUCCAUUGGGUACAUUCAUUAUUCAGUUACCGCCUGCUACAGCUCAGCUCCUGUGAAAGUGGCGUCACUCGAGUAUGAAGACAACGUGCACUUUGAGACGUGCAGGAG